AUGCCACCACUCCCAGACUUCUCUGAGAACCCCUUCCAAACCCGCCCUCAAUUCCAAGCCGCAGCCUUAACUUUACUCAACGCACUACACCCCUUCCACUCCCCAGGCGGUGCGCGCAUCAAACUCGCCUUAGCAACCGGCACGCACUUUGACGAUGUCGCCGCGCAACUCGAAGGCUUUGCACGCCCUCUCUGGGCCAUUGGCGCCUUAGCGCACGCAGACACUUUGAGUCCUGCUGAAAAAACCGAAAUUAUCGAGCCGUUUGCUAGAGGGUUAGCCAACGGGACGGACCCGAACCAUGAAGAGUACUGGGGCCCCGUCGUCCUGCGCGACCAACGCAUGGUGGAAAUGGAAAUCAUUUCUUUUGCGCUGCUGGCGGCGCCGGAGACGCUGUUUUAUUCGCAGACGGAGCAAGCAAAAGUGAAUAUCACUACUUGGCUCAAAACAAUUAAUGGCAAGGAUUUCCCCACGACGAAUUGGCUGUGGUUUAGGGUUAUGACGAAUUUGGCGCUGGUACGCGUGUGUGGUGUACCGCGGGAAGAGGUGCUGGGGGCUAUGCAGGCGGAUUUGGAUCUCAUGGAGGAGUUUUAUAGGGGGGAAGGGUGGGCGGCGGAUGGCAUGUGGGGGGAUGAGGGACGCCAGGCGGAUUAUUACUCGGGAAGCUUUGCGAUUCAGUUUUCGCAGCUAGUGUAUGUGAAGAUGGCGGCGGAGCUGGAUCCGGAGCGGUGCGAGCGGUUUCGAAGGAGGGCGAGGGAGUUUGCGGGGAGUUUUUGGAGGUAUUUUGAUGGUAAUGGCGCUGCUAUUCCGUUUGGCCGCAGUCUCACAUACCGCUUUGCAUUCGCAGGAUUCUGGUCCGCCAUCGCCUUCGCAGACGUCUCUCUGCCCGCACCUUUGGACGACUGGGGCGUAAUCAAAGGCCUCCUCCUCCGUCACUUCCGCUGGUGGGCCACCAAACCAGAUAUCUUCAAUAGCGACGGCACCCUCACUAUCGGCUUCGCCUACCCAAACAUGUACCUGGGUGAAGACUACAACAGCCCGCAAUCCCCAUAUUGGGCCAUGAAAUCCUUCCUCGCACUCUCCCUCCCAUCAUCCCACCCCUUCUGGACGUCCGAGGAAAAACCACUACCAAACCACACUCCCCUUGCUAUCGUCCCAGUCAAACCACCAAUGCACAUCCUCUGCAACACCCCAAACCACCACUUCCUCCUUUCCACCGGCCAAUUCUGCCCCUGGCCCCUCAAAGCCACAGAGGCCAAAUACGGAAAAUACGCAUACUCCUCUCACUUCACCUUCAGCGUUCCCACCGGUCCUCUACUUCCGCAACUCGCCCCAGACAGCACGCUCGCACUAAGUAAAGACGGUGGCGACACAUGGCGCGUACCGUGGAAAGUGCAAUCCCCGCGUUUCGACACCGUAGACCUGCUGCACAAUGACGAGGUGUCGGAAACGGUGCCUGCGCUGCGCAGCGAGUGGAAGCCGUGGAUGGAUGCAGACAUAAUAGUGUCAACGCUGCUUAUUGCGCCGUGUAAGCGUUGGCCGGAUUGGUAUGUACGGUGGCAUAGUAUCAGGAAUCACGGUGCGAGUGAUGUGCCGUUGAGGGCUGUGCAGGGCGGGUUUGCGAUUCAAGGACGGGGGUGGAGGAAAGGGGAGGUGCUUCCGGAACUCGGUAGUGUAUCGGAGUUUAAGAGUGCUAUUGUGCAGCGAGACCAGGUGUUGUUCCUGGAAGGUACAGUGACAGAUGGGGAUUCGGCGGUUAUAUGUUCGGAUGCGGGUGCGAGUGGUGUUCGCAUGUUGAGGUUACAGGACGAGCAGCAACGACCUGGUAUAACGCGGCAGUGGGCGCAGAGUCUCAAGCCAGAUGCUAAUACGAAUUUGGUGUGGCAGCGGACUCUUAUACCGACAGCUGGUGUAGAUGCUGUUGUUAGGUGUUCGGCGGUUGAUCCUGAACCCGUGCUCUUUGGCUGCGCAGUAUUCGCGUUGGCGUUGACAGAGGAUAGAGUGGAGACAUAUGCUCAGAGAUUGGACAUAGAGAAACUUUGGACGGAUGCACCAAUUGUUGCCAUUGGAAAUGAAAACGCCACUUGUAGUGAGUGGUAUCUAAGAGUUGAGUAG